ACUCCCCAAGUCGCUCACUCCGUCUCGGCUAGUUCGCCGUGUGACUCAUGCAACUGUCCGACCGGCCCGUAGAUCUCGUGUUGGUCAGACGCUAGCAGCAGGCGUAGUUACGGAAGGACGUGUUUUUGGUGCCGGAUAUACCUCGCGAGUGCCCGGCGUGUUCUGGAACUGUGCGUCAGUGUGGACAGUUUUUUUUUGUUUCGGCCCGAGCGGCGACGAGGACAUCUUGGAGCGGCGGCGUGACGCGGCCGAGCCGGUGAGUGACAUGACAUCCCUCAAUACGCUGUCCGCUAUCACGGUCACCAUCUAAAGCUGUCUAGUGGACUACAUCCCGUACCAAAUUGUUCAGUUCUGUUGGCUAUUAAGCAUCAGAGGAGACGGAACACACUUCUCGCUGCCGAUGAUCAGAUGUCAAAGGAGAUGAGCAUUGUUGAAGGAAGUAGCGUCAACUGAACUAAUCUAUAACUGACUGAAGUUGCGAGUUGUGCAGGCUGUCGAAACCAUUACAGAUGGAAGGGAACGGUUUGAUGGAACAUGAGCUGCACAACGGCCUGAUCCCCAUAAAUGGCAGCACUCAGAAUGGAAGCUCGUCCGGCCGGUCGACCCCCACGGGCGGCGACCCUGCCCCUGGAAAGCUCUUCGUGGGUGGCCUGAGCUGGCAGACCACUUCAGACAAGCUCAAGGAGUAUUUUGGGAUGUUUGGACCCGUCACAGAUGUGCUUAUCAUGAAGGAUCCUGUUACUCAGAGGAGCAGAGGUUUUGGCUUCAUCACAUUUUCAGAGCCAAGUGCAGUGGAAAAAGUACUCAAAGUACCAAUACAUACUCUGGACGGAAAGAAAAUAGAUCCCAAACAUGCCACACCAAAAAAUCGAGCUAAGGUGGGCAACAGAACAAAGAAGAUAUUUGUGGGCGGAGUCAGCCAGGACACAUCCUCGGAGGAGGUGAAGGCUUACUUCAGCCAGUUUGGGAAAGUGGAGGAGACAGUGAUGCUGAUGGACCAGCAGACCAAGCGUCACCGUGGCUUUGGCUUUGUCACGUUCGAGAACGAAGACGUAGUGGACCGCGUGUGCGAGAUCCACUUCCACACCAUCAAGAACAAGCGGGUGGAGUGCAAGAAGGCUCAGCCCAAGGAGGCCGUGCAGACAGGAGCACUGCUGGGCAAGCGCAUGGUUUUGGGGCCGUUGGGGGUGCGCAUGGCCACCCCUGCCCAACUCACCCCCGCAUCGCAGCUGGCAGCCGUUCAGGCCCAGGCUCACGUUCAGGCUGCAAACGCUGCAGCGGCACAGGCGCAGAACGCCGCAGCGUUGGCCAGCUACGGGAAGCUGUUCGGAGCCUACCCUGCUCUCGCCAGCUACCGCUACGCCCCGUACGCCAUCCCUACAGCCGUGGGCACUCCUGGUGUGCCCCCCCAACCUACCCAGACCACGGCGGCCGCCCCCACUGCCACUCUCCAGCCCCCUGUUGCCGCCACCCCCUAUCAGGGCUACAGUCUCGCUAAUGUCGACAUGUCCAGCUUCCAGGGCGUUGAUUGGAGCUCCAUGUACGGCAUGGGCAUGUACGUGUGAAGCCGUUGUCUCAAUGGCGCAUGCCCCCUUUAUGUUCUCGAUUACACCUGGUGCACGUGCGGCAAUCCUGAUCAUUUCUCUGCAUGACUUUAGGAAACAAUAUUGAGAGUGCUACUUUACUUAAAAUAAGUAGAAAAUGUCUAGUGUAGCAUUAUUUCCUGUGUUGGCAAAACAAAAUUCAGGUGCACACUCUUAUAAUCUUUUGUUUAAAAGUAUUUUUGUGCAUAUACAUAUAUAUGCAUAUAUAUAUAUAUACAAACACUAUCUAAGAAAAAGUUUUUCCCCCCAAAUUGUAUUGAAACAUGCCUUAUUUUAUAGUACACCAGAGAAAUAUGCUUUUGCUUGUGGCACCAUUUCUUGAAUCUCUUCUUACAUGCCUCCCUAGCCUUAAGCAAUAACUUGCAAUAAGCAGUAUUAUUGUCAACAUCUUCCAUUGUAGGGAGGAAUGUGUUGUCUCCAGCCCCUUCUCCCAGUCCCAGACAGGCGAGUAUGUCUGCCCAUCACUAUGCAGUCAAGAUUAAACUGUUGAUGUGUAGAAGAGGCGUUUGUGAACAGUACGGUUUCCAGAUGUCGUCACACAAGCUUAAAAUGGCAACUGUUUAAAAAUGAAAUUAUUGGUCUUCCGACUUUACAAGACUUUUGGGCAAGUUUGGAAAGCUAUCAUGCAAAAUCAACAGAAGCUGGUCUUGUGCAAUAGGAGUGUGUCCUUCUUGGGGCUUGGAGAUGCCUGUCAAGUCACAACUUGAAUUUUUUCAAACUUUUGAAAUUCAGUUGCAAGUAUUAUGUUUUAUUAGAUCUCAAGUAACUGUGUUAGUAAUAUUUAGGUCUCAUGUUCCCAACUGCAGUGUUAGAAGUACUUAAAAAAACUCAUUUUAACAAGUUUGUCAUGAAGACUUGCAUUUAUUUGUAGGACCUCGAUUUUCGCUCCAUUACAGAAAACAUGUAUGUUUUUUGCAAAUGCUUGUAUUCAAUGAUUUACUUAUGAGAGAAAGUAAUAUGUCAUUGAUCUAGGUCUCAAUAGAACCACACUUUUUGCAACACAUCAAUGUUAGUGCAUACUAAUUUAAAAUUUAAAAAAAAGUAAAGGCAAAUUACUUCUGGAGUCUUCAUUUCUCUCCAGUAAGAAAUGGUGUUUCGUGCAUCUAGUCAAAGGCUGUUCAAGCCACUUCAUUUCCUUGUAUUGUUUUCUUGUUGCGAUGUCCCUUUGAUGUUUCAUUAAUAGAUUAGUGUUAGUCUCAGAUAUAGAAUGUGAAAGCAUUAAUGUAACAAAAUAUUUAUAGUUAUUCAGCCUAAAAUGUAACAUGAAAAAUGUCAGCUGAUAGUUUUUUUUUAAUUGACACAUAAAUAACAUUCCACAUUUAACGUGUUGUGUCAAAAUUCUUGUCGAUGCAUCGAGUUUUUUCUAUUGUAAGAAUUGCGGACCAAUAAACUAAUCGGGAGCAGGUUAGAAGCUGUUGCGAAACUGGGAGCAUGGAUCUUUUUUCAACUUACACACAAUUUAUUUCCUACGUCAUACUUAUUUAUUGAAUUGAAGAGUGGCAAUUUGAAUUGCAUCACUCGGUCUUAGUUGUUAGGUUCAUUUGUCUUUGCUGUCAGAGCUUGUUUGUGGUUUUGUGAACGAUUGAGAUUAUUCAUUAGGUUCCUAUGUUGCAAAGACUGCAAUUUUGUGUGUAUUUUAUUGCACGUUUCGUGUAUUUGCUCUUAGUUUCAACAACAGCUGGUCACUGGACAAGUUAAAAAAAUAAAAAUGCCUUUAUUUUAGAGAACAAAAGGAGUCACAAAAAUAUUUAAAUGGUCACAAGUGUGCUUCGCCCCACUUUCAGGGGUCACAUUGAGAAAAAAAAAUUUGAUUGUUACUUCUUUUAUAAUAGAUGUUAGGACUUGUAAUCAGUCUUGUAAAUGAAAGCAGUUGAAUUUGUAGUAAUGAAAAUACUGUACUUGUAUACUCUGUGUGCAUUAUUCUAUCACCAUCUUGGGAGUAAUGGUUUAUUAUUAUGACAUUCUCUGCAAAACCCACAUGGUUUGACAAUCUGUGGAUGAAGUGCUGUUUUUGGUCAGAGUGUUAAAACUCUUGUUUUCUUGUGUAGCAGUGUUGUGUGUUUUGAUUGGGGGUGUUAACAGCUUUAGUUUUCAGCUUCCGUACUCCCUUGGUUUAGUGCAGUGUUUAUCCUAAUGAACAAGACUCGAAGCUGAGCAUAAUGGAAAAGAACUAUGGACACUUGUGAGGUGUGUCGGUGGUUCACAUGCCAGUAAUUGCUGACAUUGUAGAGAGGGCAGAGAGGGUGUGAUUGUAUUGUAUCCUCAGUGCUGAAGGGGUUUAGCAGAGAAUUAACUCCUAGCAAAAGGAAGAUGUGAAAGCUGGAUGAUGUUUCUUCUUAGUAUUGGUUAAUACAUAUUUUUAAGGCCUUUGUUUGAUAGCCAAGAACUUAAGUUUUCCUUAUUUAUUACAACAUGGUUUUUCAUUAGUGACAUAGAAAUGUUUGUGCCAAAUAUUGCUUCCUUCGAGCAGUAAGAAAGUGUUAACUUAUAAUAGUGAGUAAAUGUAGUUUUAUCCAGAAAUCACGUUUCCUUUUGCUUGAGUGACAAUACCCUUUUAUAUUAAGAACAGCAAUAAGUUUAAAAAGGAGAUGAUGAAAACCCUCUAUUUUUGUAUUCAAUUCUAAGUGAUAAAGAGCAAAUAAAGUUUGUAUUUUUUUCUUUGUAAGUUUGUCAAGUGGUGUUUAAAGAAAGGAAAGCUUAAAAAAAAAUUAAGGGGAGAGCACCACACUGAAGAUUAUUACACAAAGAAACAAAUUUCAGAGAGGGUUGGUCUGAAUAUUCAAAAUGAACUGAACUGUUGUAUGUAUUCCUUCAUCCUUUACUUCAUACUAGUUAUUUCUGUUUUUUGGUGGUUUGUCGUAUUUAAAAAAAAUUAAUGUUGUAGGAUUAAGUACACUUGACUAGUUCCUUAGUGUCUAGAUGUUUUUGUAGUUUUUCUCUGUGUGUGUAGUAGUCGUAGAUGGGGCUGGCUGGAUGGAUGGAGUUUUUUGGCCAUCUGGUAGCAAAAAGACUUUGCACUUGUAGAGCAUUUCUCAAUAAAGUAGUUUCAUAGUAGAAAGGCUGCUUGAUCAUGGUACUUAUUCCUUUUACUUGUACGUACUUGCUUGGUUGGCCUGGAGUUUUACUGUUUAUUCAGCUUUAAAAACAAUUACCAAACAUUAAAAAUGAACAAACUUUUGAGUUGUGGACUAAAGGGUUGGAGGGAGUUGCUGCCGCAGAAUUAUAUAAAUAUAUAUAUAUUUGUAUACAUAUUAACCCAUUUACUGCUUUCUGUGAUAGCGUGAGGCGGUGCUUGGUGCCUGCUCAUGUGUGUGUGUCUUCUUGUGUGGGUUCACUUCCCUCACAUUUUCUAUUUAAUUUAAACAAAAUUUUCUCUCCAUGAUAAUGUAACUUUCACAUGGGUUGUUGGAAUAAAUCUGCAACUUGCGAUACAUUAAUUAGGAUGUAGAAAAAAAGCAUUUGUGAAUCAGUAGAUGAAAAAAUCUCUUUAUUACUUCAGAGCUAUGAUGGUUCUAGUAUUACAAGUAUAAUUCAACACACACACACACACACACACACACAUCUUUCUUAUGUACCCACUGCCAUCUACUUUGGCAUCAUAUAUAUGUGUGUGCUUUCUGAUGCGUCUUGAUGCUCAGUACCUUGCCUGCUGAAGUGUUGUGCACUAGUAGAAGGAAGGAGCAAUAGUUAACUUUGUCUUCCCAUUGCCUUAACAUCCUCCUUGCAUAAACUAGCAAUGUAAAAUGUUACCUUUACUUUCCCGAUUCAUAUAUACAUUGAACGCUUGUACUCAGUGAGACAGAUAGAUUUUUACUUUUGAACUGUUUGUUGUGGGUAUAGUCCAGUUUUUGUAUUUUUAGUAUCUAGAAUAGUUCAUCAGAUCUGUACUUAUUUUGAUGUACAUACUGCUGGCUGUGAAGUACUGUGUAUUUGGAUAACAUUCAGAAGAGAAAUUGAUCAAAUUUAUAUAUAUCAGCAGUUAAAAUGGUAGUAAAAUUAUUGUGCUGUUCUAGGAAGUAUAAUUUUAUUGUCAGUUCAUCAUAAAAUUUUAAACAAACAGUCCUUCAUAUUGGUGCUGUAAAAUGUGCUCUUCGUCUGAUUCACAAAUGCUGUAUUUUCUCUGACCAGUGUAUAGCAAAACAAAAAUUUUCAAAUCAUUUAUAGGUAAUACAAUUCACAUAAAUUGAUAGGUAUGGUGGGCAAAAUUAAAUUAAACAUUCAUAUUAGAUUAUGAUUUGUAAAAAACUUUUUUUUUGGAGAGAAAAUGUUGGACCUUGUAAGUGCCUUAACCUGAGAGUAACAAUAUAGUUGUUCAUAGCAACUCCUUCUAACACUCAGCUUCAAAGGUAUUUUGUUCACUGGAUUGCACUCUGCAAUUGUAGAUUACAUUCAUUUGUCCUUUUUCAGUUUUGUUUUCUUUAUUUUAUUUUUUUUCAGUGUGGGAAGUACUGAUUAAAAUAAAAGCUAACAUCAUUUAGUGUGAAGACCUUUUACAUUUGUAAGAAUUGCACUGAUUUUUAACACACCAGUAGUUUGCUUCUCUUGUAUAGUACAGGGAAGCUUUAACAGAUAUUUGGCUUAAAUGUGUUUAUUUCUUACAGUAUUUAAGUUUCAGCACAAGAUAAUUAUUCUGUAAGCGCUGAUACACGGGAAGCAAAUUGCUGUAACUUAACUUGAAUCAUUCCUGGUGUUUUGUGUGCGUUGUUAUCUGGUUGGACUGUAGUUUUGUAAAGUUUGGUUAUUUUUUUGUUUUCUCAGGGAUAGUUAAUUUAGUGUCCUGCUUUAUUGAUUUAAUGAUCAAUAUCUAACCGUUACAUCACCAUCUAUCACUAGAUUGUGGGAAAGAUAAGCUGGCAUGCAUUUGGUUAUUCUAGGUUUCCGUUUAUCAUUUUAUGCAAACUACUUCUGAAUGAACAGAAACAGUGAUAUUUCUUUUUUAUGUUUAAUGAAAUUUUUUUUGUUAUAUUCUUGUUUAAGAAUGUGUAGUGAGCUGUACAGUUAAAGUAAUAAUGUACAUAAUUGCAAAGAAAAGAAACCCAUACGUUUUAGAAAAUUAACAUUUAAAGAUAAUAACAUAUUUAUCAUUUUUUUCAUAUUUCCACUGUUAAAACUACGAAAUUAAAGCAACAAGCAAAACUUUAUAUUAGACAUGGGCAUAAGUGUAUCUUUUGAAAACAAUUAAUUAAUAAAUUGUUUGAUGCCGUGGUUUUUGUAAAUAACUUGAGACUGUACACAACAGUGCCCAUAAAGAAUGGGCUAUGGAACUCUAGAAUGCUGUUCAGCUGUAAACCACUCCAGUGCUGAUUCAUUUCUUAUAAAUUAUGAGUCACAUUGUAAGGUAGGCUUGACUUAAAAUCAUUUUGUUUUUGGGCAAAAAAAAGUUUCUUGAUGGGUAUGAGCAAUUUGAAUUGUUUUGAUACAUUCUCAAGUAUUGAAAAAUUACAUUAAGGCUCUGUCCCACAUGCCAUCUUGGUUAUUUUCUUUUCUUGGCAUUGCUCUUGUAAGGGAUUAAGAGCAAUAGCUCUCUUGAAUUGUUGUUUGACCACAAAUUGUCUCAGCAGAUAUUUGUUAUUCUUAAUCUGUAAAAGGUCAUGGAAAUUUUUUAACAUUGUUUUUCACCGCUAUUAUAGGCCCUGUCACACUGCCAAAUAUUUGCCUCUAAUAUAGUUUACAAUAUGGUAGUAUUGGACAGAAAAUGGCAUCUAAUAUUCUCUUUUAAUAGAUAACCUCAACUAUAUGUCUCACAAUCAAAGUUUAUUUUUGGUCUGAGCUAUCCCAAACUUAUCAAUUUUAAUUUGAUUACACUAUUUGCUGGAUUAAAUUUUUGAAUUUUUUAUGCUAUCUGCACAUUUUUUUAUUUUUUUUUUACAGGUAUAAAUUUAACUCAAAAAUUUUCAUUACAUAAUAAAAAUAAAUGUUAAGUAAUUUUUUUUAAAUUAUAGAAACAUAAUUUCAUUUUUACACACAAAAUGUUUUUGGAUACCCCAUUCAUAUUAACAUUAUUUUAGUUAUUUAAUUUUUAUUAUCUUUUUAAUCACCCAUUCGCUCUUCACCAUUUUAAAUAUUCGUUGAGACUGAAACAGAUGUCAUUUCGGUUUUCGCCAGACAUGAUUUUGAUUGGCAGAAUGCAUCCAAUAUCUAACAAAUUUUGAAAUCUGUUCUAUAUGUAAAAAAGUUUAUGGAAACUCAAGUCAUCCAACUUUUCAAACAUGCCUGUGCUAUUUAUGUUUUUCAGUGAUGUUAUAACCCUCAAACUUUAUUUGAUCAACAUAUUGGAAGGCGUUGGAAGUGAAAAUUCAACAGUUUGACGGGGCCUUAUAUUAUAUUUUGAAAAAUCUAUUGAGAAAAUUUGGUGACAAACCAUAAAAUGUAAGAGAGCUAUCGUUUUAAAUUCAGAACUAUACUAAGAACAAGAAAAAAAAAUGGGCAGUUCUUGUCUAAGCAUGUGUUGAGUGUAAGCUUUAAAAAAGGUUUUGGUUAAUGGUUUUGAAAACUACAUAUAAAUCCUUACAACAGAACUAUAGGAUAACCAUAGAUUACCAUCAGUACCACUGUGUUGUUGCUGCAUUAGUAAUAUUAGUGCAAUAAUUGAAAUUAUUUUUUUUACUUUGUGUUUGUUAUACAUUUAUAAAACCUCUUAUGAUAGGCAACAAAAUUUUCCUAGUUUAUUGUAGCUUAUGCUAGUUAAUGAAUUAGGUACUACACACACAUUUCAUGAUGAUGGCAUAUGGAUAUUCAUAUGUAGGCACAAAGUCAAACGUUUGCUUGAAUUUUCCACAAUCUAGAGUUAUGUGAUGUAAGUGUGCUGAUCAAAUAAUUUUAAACAAGAUUUUCGACUAACCCAGGUAAAAUAAUAUUUUUCUUGAUUGGCUGUUGAGUUUUGAUUUGCAAUCCAGCGUAGUGUAUUUAUUGGUGAAGCACGUUGAUUGUUGACACUGUUAGUUAUAAUUUGAGAGCAACAGUAUGCUUAUUAUUGUUGCAACAUUCUCAUCGUGAACCAAUUCAGAAAAUUGAGUGACACACACAUCAUGCCAAUUUCAUUUGACCACAUAACCAUUGUAUGUGUAUCACACAAAACGAUUGCAUCUCUAAACAUUUCAGUAAUGAAGGAAAAAGAGUCUACAGUUUGCACAAGGUGUAUAAGGUUAUCAGCAAUACAAUAUUUAUGAAUAUGGUAUCCCAGAUUUCAAAGAAAAAAUGUUAUGCACAGUUUUUUGUGCAUUUUUAUAAAUAUGGCAUAGUUUGGGCAUCGACUAAUAGCGUAAUGGAUGUUACAAGAGUUCUUCAUUUAGAAUUUCUAAAAACAUUAGAAGUAUGGUAUCUUAUUUCAGCCUAAUUUUUUGUUAGAAAUUUUAAGACAGAAAUACAUAGGUUGUUUAUAAGUUUUAUGGGAAUUAUUUGAAAUAUCUAUUUGGGUUUGUAUUAUUGACCAUCAUUUAAUUAAUUUUUUCGUGAGAGUAGUAGGUUACCUGUAACUUUGUGAAGAGAGUUUUCAAACAAAACAUUGAUGGACAAUGAGUUUUUCAAAAUAAUUAAUCACAUGGAAAUUUUGGUUUAAUAGUCUACUUGGGCUUUGUGGGGGACCUUAUCGUGGUGUUUAAACCAUAAGUUCUGGAUUCAUACUGCUGCUUCUUUCUAAAAAAUUUCAUGUAAGUUUUCGUUUGGAUGGAAAGAUGUCAAUGGCCUUAAAAAUAUGACAUAUUAAUUUUUUUAUUAUAACAGUUUAUUAUCAGUUUAGUAAUUAUAAACUAAAAUAAUUAGGACAGUUCAACACGAUUGGAAGAACAUUUAUCAGUUAUGCUUAUUUUUUCAUCUCUGGAACCAACUCCAUCCUAUUUUCCUUUGUGUGUGUGUAUUGUUUAUGUUUCUUUGUUUAAGUUUGUGAAUUCAUGUUUAGAAGGAAUAAGAUUUUUUAACACUUGAAAAGUACCUUAUUUGAUAUUUAAUUUUUUUGGAAGAUUCCAGUUAACAUAAGGGGAAAAAUAGAUUAAUGCUGUAAUUUGUUUCAAGUUUCAUAACUUUGACAGUCUUGCAGCUGCUUAAACUUUAGUAAUAGCUUAGUUAAUGAGACAUGAAAAAAAAAGUAUGCCAACAAAUAAAUAGCUAAGAAGCCCUUAAUAAAUGCAGGGUUGAGUGAAAACAUGUCGGGUAAAUACUAAGCUGGAUAUGCCAUAUUCCUGUGCGCUACCAAUAAUGUAUGUGGCAUACCUAUAUUUGUACAAAUGUGUUGGAAGCACUAAUUAUUUUUGUAUCAUUUAGCAACUAGCACAGCUAACAUUGCAUGGUGCAAAGACAAAGAACACAGGAGAAUGAAGAGGAUAAUUCAUGUGACACACUAACUUGUACUGUUGCACAUUUUUCCGCUUGCUGUUGGGGGUCACAGUCGUGGGACUGAAUUAAAUCUCUGAAGCAUUAGUACGCAGAUGUAGCAGUUGAGUUAUCAUUAGCUAAAAACAUCGCUGCAAUUCACCCAUCUGUGCCUGCGCACUAUGUUUAUUCACAGUGAGUGAGGAUUUCUUUACUAAUGAAGCAGAAUGCAGUUAGGGAGGUUGCAGCUAAACCAGAUCUCCAAAGAGCAGAUACAAGAUGCAAGUAAUAAUAAAUGUAUAAACAAACAAUAGCAUGAUACUGAUCCAGCAAAAGAUUUGCUGCUUUUGACAAGAUAGUGCACAGUUUACAAAAACAAUGACAUUGUUUAGCGAUGAAAUAUUAUUUUAUCGGGCAAGUGUGUUCUGAUUAAAAUAACUUAUCAUUUUUAUAAAUAACAUGAUAAUGUCAAAAUCAGCUAAUAACAGAAACGCAUUCAUUUAAUUUUAAAUUCUGCUCCAGGCCUUUCACAAUAUUGUGUGAUAUGUCCUAUACUUAUUUUUCCCACAGAGAAAUAAUACAUUUUAUGUUAAUGUAAUAUUAACAAUCAAACAAAUAGACUUCACUUAAAAAUCCAUACCUUCAUAAUUUAUCACAGAUAUGCUCUUUGCUGAAUGCCAAUCCUGUUAAAAAAUGUCAGAUUUGUAUCACUGCAAAUUUACAUCGUAAAGCUAAUUAUUACCCACCCCCCACCCAAAUUAUGUUAGUAAAAAAAGUAUACACAUUAUUUAUUGUAAUUUAAAACAGAACAAAUUCUCUCAAAUCUUAACAUUACAUUGCUAAACAGUGUUUCUUUUCUUGAAAGCUACAAAAAAUUAUUUCUAAAAUGAAUAAGUAAAUUCUAUUUACAAUCAACACUUUCACACACGUUAAUCAUUCAUUUGUGUUGAAACAUCAGUUUAUCGAAAAGUCUCUUUUUCUUGUGAUCAGUAGAAAUUGGGACGUGCUUGUUCCAAAUACAAGUAUUAGAACUAUGCACAUUAUUGUGGUCUGGUUUUUUAUUAUUUUAAUUAUAAUUUAAUGUCAAUAUUGGAACGUUUUGCUAUCAUAUUGGUUUGUACGUGUGUUCAUAUUAGAAUGUUAAAUUUUUGUUACCAAGCAUUGUCUCAUUUUGUUAACAUUUAAAUGUAAUCUUGUUGGGUGCAUGUUGAGCCAAUUCACUGCCCAGAUUUUCACUGGCUGUUUCAUGCAACGGCCAUAACUGCACUAUUGGUUAUCAUUUUUACUUGGGCUCAUUUAAAAAUUUUAAGAUAUCAUUAAUCCAUUUACUGAAAGUGUAUUUACACAUCAGAAACAUGUAAAAAUGACAUUAUUGCACCCAAGCGGCAAAAAUGAGAUACAAUUUUACAAUUUUGUAAAAAAAAUUGUCAGUAUGGUUUUUGAGUACUGACUUGAACAAAAACAUAACCACAAAAUGUGCCAAAAAUGUUAUUUGUUCUUAUGAUUCUGUUAUACUUAUGGUUAACAAGUUAGGUAAUUAUUUUAAAGUAUAGUUGACUGUGUACAAUGGUAAAUCAAAUCUACUCCGUAUUUUCUUUAACACAUUUUUAACCACUUGGAGUGGUUUAAGUGUAAGUAUGCUACUUUCAAACACAAAGUUGAGUUUAUUAUCUUUGAAUUGGCUUCACUGUUAGGAUUGCUUUAUUUAUUCAGCGGCAGUGCCCCGACUGUUCCCAUUUGUGUGCAAGCUUUGAACGGCAUUUUUGUGUUUGGCACGUACAAGAAUUUGCUUUACACACUUUCUUAUUUGGUAGUUGUCAAGCUUUUUUUUCUGCAAGGAUUAGACUUGUGAUUUUUUGAGGUGCAAGUCUAUUGCAAGCUACAUGGUUGGUGGUCAAUAUGAAUUGGUAACCAUAUUAGAUGACAAAACUAACAUGUUCCAGUAAGGUAAACUUUUUUCAAGCUGAGGUGGGACUUGUUUGACAAGAGCUUCAGUGAAUAUUCAGACUUCUACAGCUGAAUAACCUUAUCAAAUCAACAAAAUAAUUAUUGAAAAUGAGCAGCUAGUUGUAUGCUAUGUGAAAUUAUGUUUGAUUUAUUUAUCAUCACAUCACAAUAUUCAGCUGUCAGUCUAAAAUGUUCGUUAAAGCAUCUGUCAAAAAGUUCCUUCUUAAUUGUGAACAGUGUGUACAAUAUUCACAGGACUUAAUUUUUUAAAAAAAAGUUGAUAUCCUUGUUUUUCUGGAAUGCUUUUUGUAUUUUGGCUCCCUCCUCUCCUUAAUCAGUAAUUAAAUUUUUGUAUACAUUCUUUUUCUUCAAAAACGUUACACUUUGGUUAUGAAUUCUACAUAUGUGUGAUUUAUAGGGCGUGUGGAAAGUUAAAAUUUGCAUCACCCAGAAACACAAUACGUACACAAGAAAUGUAAAAUAACGUGCUGGUGUUAAAUGCAUGAUUUAAAAACUGCACGGAACUUGCUUGUAAUGAUCAGCCAACCCCGUACUUCAUAAUCUGACCCCAUACCUGCUGUCCUUUGCCCGUUAUCUACCCUCAAUGUGUACGUAACUCAAGCUAUUGUCAGACCUUCAGUUUGGUAACUUUCAUCAUAGAGGAUAAAUAUGUCAUCUUGCUGUGUGUUGCGACGUAUGCAUUAAGAUUCAGGGCUGAUCUGCGAUUAUUAUCCGUUAAAUUGUUUCCACCCUUUUAAAAUAUUUCCAAUUUGAAUUGCAUUGUGCAACUUAGCUGAGGAUAUUUACAUGAAGUGUAGGUGUUUGCGAGUUAAAUUGAUUAGGUGAAAUUGUUUUUUUAUAUAUAUAACCAUGACUUCCUGUAUUUAUUUUUUAUUUAUUUUAACCUUUAAACUAUUUACGUGAUAUUUUUUUAUGUCGGUAACAUAAUUUUGGCCAACAAAGAACAAUUGUGCCAGUAUUGAUUUGGGAAAUAUUUGGGAAAUAUUUUUUUUCUGCUAAUGAAGAUUUUCGCAAAAGUAACUAAAUAUACUGCCAAUCUUAAAUUUAUUCUAGGUCUAAAAAUUUGGCAUAUUCUUAGUGUGAACGUUUUUAAAGUUCGUGUUAAACAAUAAUAAAAACGGGUUGCAUGUAGUCAUUGAAUCAGUAUUUUAUGCUAAGCAAAGAAUCCUUCAAUUGAUAAAAUUUUUACUGAUUCUUUUGUGUACAAAGAAAAUCUCUUAGUACUUUAGUACUAUUUAUUGUUGUUAGCAUUGAUAUUAUUCCAGGUUGUUACAAAUUCAUAUUGUUACAGUAGUUAAUAUAAUGAAAUAGGACUUGGGGAAAUGAGGGUUUAUUAAAGCUUUUGAUUUCUGAAAAAAAAGUAAAAGACAACUGAUUCUAAUUUAUGCAUCACGUUUGAUAAUUCACAUUCGCAUGAAGUUAUUCAUGUUGUCAAAGAACAAUUGUGGCAGUUAUCCUUCAUGGUUUCUAGUAUAAAUGAAACCAACUUACAAUUUUGGUGAAAAAACUCUUUUGUAUAGGAAAUGAGUUAAAAUAGAAUGAGUGUCAUUUGAUAGCAACUGAAAUGUCACUUAGUAAUAGUUUCUUUAUUACAUUUGGGCUUUUGGUCUUCUUUAGAAUUUUUAAGUAAAAUUCAUCUACAAAGGACUGGAGUAGCAAAUGAGUGAGACUUCCUAGAUCUUCCAGUAGUUAAUGUAUAUUUAGCCGAUUUUUGCAAUGAUUUAAAUUCAUUUAUCGCAAGCAAUAGUUCACGUGAAAGAGAUGUGUUAACUGUUUAACCAAAAUGAGUUACAUGGUAUAUUUAUAUUCCUAGAAUUGAGGUAAGCUGUGGAAGUAAUUUGAUUGUGUUUACGCAGAGGACAAUUGCAGGUGUUCAACAUUAAAUUUGACAUGCAUUAUGUCAUAACUAUUAACGUAUUGUACUACAUUUAGAAAAUACGUCAAGAGUUUUUUUUUUUUUUUACAAGUUUCUAUUUCAGAUUAAAAAAAAAAAAAAAAAUUUGUAACAUGUACUAAAUUACAAAUCACCAAUUUUUAAUUCUUUUAUUGUUAGAGCAGAAUAAAUUUUUCACUAAUACUAAUUCUAAGUGAAAUAUUUAAUGAUUUUCACUGCACAGAACACCCUAAUCGUAGUUGCAAAAAUGAUACUUGUUAAAGUUUUUGCUUUGCGAAAGUUCUAUUUAGCUAGCUGACAAUUUGUUAGUUUUACAAUGCAGAACAAGUAAAAUGUUUUUAUCUUUCAUGGCAUAACACUUUAAUAAUGCAAAAGUGAGAUUGCAUUUUAGUUUUCUAUUUAUGUAAUACUCAACAUAAAUGGAAAAUUGUUUUUUGGCAACCACACUUAUCUACCUAAAAUAUGUUUUUUCUACAUUAAAAUUUUUUGGUGCAUUUAACUCUCAGGGUAGCUGUUGCUUGAGGUGUGAUAAGAUUUUUUACAUUGUAGAAGCUUUAUGUGUAUUUAGUAUUGCAGUUAUGAAAAAAAUAUAUACUGCAAUAUGGAUUUCAAUUACUUAAUCCAACAAGUGUGAUGUAAUUGUUAGUGAGAUCUUGGCAACUAAUUUUCUUGUUCUGUAUGAUAGAAUAUAUCUUUCAUAGAAUUCCUGGUUAAAUUAAUGACUACGAUCACAUUUUAUCUAUGGUAUAGACAUAUUUAACAAAAACAUCGAAAUAUGUAUUUUAAUUUUCACAAAAAAACUUUUUUAAUGAGCUAAAGCAAGACUUCUAAUCAUGUAAUUUUAGUCUUCAAAGUUAAUGAAAUUUAGUAAUUUUUUUUUAUAGUUCUAAUGUGCAAUGACAUUCAAGUUGAUACUGUACAAAGAUAAAUACAUUCAAGACACUAUAGAAAUCUUGUAGUUAACAUUUUCUUUUGUGGAACACAGUUGCAAGGCUUAAACAUUUUUUUAUGAUUGUUUCCUUGUGAGGUUUUACACAAAAUAAUGGUGACCUAGAAAUCGUUUUUCAUAGUAAAAUUACCAAGUAUUAUAUAAUGGAGGAAUUAAUUUUCUUUGAAGGAUGUAGAAUGCAAACAUUUAUGACUUCUAAGAUAGCUAUAACUUCAGACUUUUAAAAUCAUUGAUUGAGUGUUCAAAAGUGCCCAAAUUUUUAAUGCCUGUGUCUUAGAAGUAUUUCAUAAAUAAACGUGAUGUUUUAAUAAAGUGUACAUUUUUGACUAAGCAGACUACGUAGAGUGCGAGAAAAACAAAAAUCAAUUUUUAAAGACUAUGCAGAUGUAUUGUCUAGUAUCUUUUGAAGUGUAUUUAUUGGUAGAUGUACGGGUAGAUGUUGUUAUAGUGGGUGUGGAUAGUAAAUAGACUGAAAGCAGAAAAACAUUUAGUAUUCUAGAUGUAAGAUUCUGGUAGGUGCAGUAUAAUAGUAUUUUGGAAUUGCACGUGGCCUAUGUAUACUAGUUUAGAAUAACUGUAUAUAACUGCAGUACUAGUCACUAACUCUGUUAAUGAUACAAUAGGUGGCCAUCUAUUGCUAUGUUGGUGUCAAUAUUAAUAGUGAUUGGCAUUUAUAAAUAUAGUGAAAGAUGGUGCCUUGUAAUAUAAUUUUGCUCAUUAAUAACACAGUAUACAAGGAGCACUGUAGAGAAUUCCGCUAGAGGAUUUGAAAGACCAAAUAUUUAGCAGCCGUUAGUUGUAUUUGAUCAUAUCAAUCGCAGCUUUAUAAAAAUUUGUUGUUAAUUUUGGAAUUCUUACAUUGCUCUCUAAUCAUGUAGCGCAAAACUUAAUUAUGCUGUUUAGUCAACCACCAAAGCCAUGCUGUAGGCUACUGUAUAUUUUAGUGAUUAGGCAAGCUAGUGUUGUAAAUGUAAUGUAAUUGUGUACUAAUGUGUUGGUGAUUUUAGAACUUGACACAUCUUUCCUAGUCUUUUUUUCCUCCCUGUGUUUUUCUUCCAACCCUCCGUUAAUGUGUUGACACUUGUGUGCAAAAUAUAUGUAACUGGGAUGGGAAGUGAGUGUCACAUUUCAAAAGAAACUAGUGCUGUGUUGUCCUGUCUUCCUGUUCGCAAUCGAAAGAACGUUACCAAAAUACCCCCUGGGACCAUUACGUAGGCCCCAUGCCACUACUAUACUGAAAGUCAAUUCAGGAUUGCUGUUCAUCUUUCCUCCAACUUAUGUUCACCUUUAAGUGCAAAUAAGCUACCUAAAUGACAUUGGCCUAGUAUAAAAUAUCUUGGACUGUAGUGAAGAUAACUACAUGAUCAAGCUACUUCUUUGAUUCUUUUAAGGCCUUCAGAAGGAUGAUAUUUUAAAUUUAUUAAUCACCAUAAUAGGCCUACAUUAAGACAAACAAAAUGGAAUAUGUUAUUUAACAUGGAAGUGCCAUGAGAUUGUUUUUUAUAUUUAUUAAAGAGAGAUAAUUUAAAGUGUAACUGGUGCUUUUUCUGUUCAUAAACAAUGUAGUAAUUGCUUGCAGAGCUAAAACUAUUAUUAGAGGCACUGCCAUGUUAUUGGGAAUAAUUAUUUAAUGUGUGUGGUAAGUAUUUUAUAUUACAAUGACGGAGCCGGUGGCAGUCGCCACCACCAACAGCACUAUGAGAACUUAACUUGUUUCACCAAAUAGUACAAGUUGGGUCUUUAAUGACCACAAGGUUUUGAAUCAACAAGAAACAAGGUAAGAUGGUAGUUGAAGAAAAGCCUAUAGGUACACUGCUGGUAGGUACUAAUUGGGAAAAACAGUCAUAGGAAGUAUUUCUAAUAAUAUUUAUAUCUUCAAGAACAGACUUGGUCAACACAUUCUGUUUUGAAAAUGUUGUCUUUAAUAAUAUUUUUUAAUUUAUAUAUUUUAAAUUCAGUUUGAUCCUGGUAAACAUUGACAGUUUGGACUGAUUAAAAGGUGUACUGAUACAGUAAAGUAUUAAGUCCUCUUGCAAACUUCAUACAUAGACUUUAAAACUACUGUAUGUCCAAAAUUAUUUUUACAUCUACAGUGAAAGGUCUUUAAUCAGUAGUUCUAUGGUUUAGCACAUUUUGUAGUCCAGCACACAUGCCCACAACCACUCACACAGAUUUGUUUUGGGUGGAUUCUGGCUAUUGAUGCAAA